GAGGAUGACCUGUUUUUCACCUGUCGUUCUCCAGUAUCCAUCUGAACAGGUUUGCUCGCGAGAAGGCUCUCUCUGAACAAUCCUCCAACGCGCGCUCAGAUGCUCACCUGGGUCUGUGUCCGGUUUUGGCUCCAGUUUUUAAAACCAUCGCCUCAAAGAUCUCACUGUCCGGGGCGCUGGAGCGAUGCAGUCCAUCCUGUCCGCUGCUGUCCUGCUAUGCUUCCAGGUCAUGUUACUGUUCUACAGCCCAUUACAGGUGUUAGCAGUUGAAAAUGUUAACUUUGGAGUUCACGUAGAGAAUCAGACUGGGGUGCGGGAUGGCCUGAGCCGGAAGCACCAUCGGGUUUACCAACUUUACAGCCGGACCAGCGGGAAACACAUCCAGGUGCUCGGCAAGAAAAUCACUGCCAUGGGAGAGGAUGGGGACAAAUAUGCCCAGCUCGUGGUGGAGGCCGACACCUUUGGGAGUCAAGUGAGAAUACGAGGGAGAGAGACCAACUACUACUUGUGCAUGAACCGUAAAGGGAAGCUUGUGGGGAAGAAAGACAGCAGCGUAAACGGAGGCUGCGCUUUCAUCGAGAUAAUGCUUGAGAAUAACUACACUGCUUGGAUGUCGGCGCACUACGUGGGCUGGUACGUGGGCUUCACCAAAAAGGGCCGACCGCGCAGGGGCCCGAACACGUUACCCAACCAGCGAGACGUGCAUUUCAUGAAACGCUUCCCUCCAGGAGAGCAGCCCGACCUGCAGCCCUGCAGCUUUACAACAGUCAGCAAGAGAAGCAAACGAGUCCAGCAGACCUCCACCGCUCCUCCACCACUCCCAUAACACAACAAACACUUGUGCGCAAAGAUCCCUUCCUACAGAGGAUCUAGAGACGCUCUUCUUUGAAACGCAAAUAGGUUAGACUUUAGGACCGACCUCUUUGCAGUCACAGUCAAAGGACGGGGUUGCUUAAACACUGUGUAAUCAUGCAAACAUAACCAAAGACUCCUGGGCAAGUGUCCAGUCACUAAACCCUGUCAAUAAGGGGACCAAGCACUUCAGAGGCCAAAGAAUUCCCCUCUAAUGUCCAGUGCUAGAUUUGUCCCACCAUGAAAGAGCAAAGCACUCAAUGGCUGACAAGUGCACGUCAUGAUACGCAUCAGCUGAGACUUGCCCGACUUGGAUGCUCAUGACCAAAAGGACAGUUAAAGGACCUGCUGUGUACUCAUCGAAAUGUUAGCCUUGGGCCUGUAAGAGUAACCAAGAACCAAAGUCUAUCACAGUCAGGAAAAAACUUCUUUGGUUUUGCCUCAGAUACUUUACCGUGAGCAUCGAGGGUUGUUCAUAUUCAUCAGCCUUGAAAGAACCAGCAACCAAUGAAAUAAAGUGUCAUUUAAAGAAAGCGAAAUACACUACAAUUCAAAAGUUUAGGGUCAAGUUUGAGGGGCCAUUUACACUACGUCGUUCAUUUACACGGUAAUUCUGGCGGCCUGAAAACUAUACCAUUAUCGUCUCUGUGUAAACUACAAAGAAGCGAAUUUGUAAAAACUGACGUCAUGCGCAUCUGUAUUACGUGUUUAGUCUAAAGACAUUAUAGGUAUGAAAGCCAGGCUGUGAGGGAUAGAACUAACGGAUUUUCAAUGGCAACCACUAUAAAAAGCUCCUAGAUCACUUAUGAUUUUCUACAGCUUAUAUUGUCUAGGAUUUUUUGUCUACUGAAGAUUAUCUGAGAUAUUUUUGCAAUAUUUCAUCAGCUGAACAACCCAAAAAACACAUUAAAGGGUAACUAAACCCUGGCUGGUCAGAGCCUGACUGAGCGUGGUGAGCUGAA